GUUUCACUCAGAAAAUAACCAUAAAGUAUUUUUCUCAUUAGAACUGAUUUGCAUACGUUUGCAUAAAAAUACAUAUAUAAUUUGUACAAUAAUAUGUAUACAGAUCAUAAUUAAAUAAUACAUAUAAUUUGACCGGUGGUGUUUCAAACGUGUACCAAGGGUGCUAAAAGGUGUGUGCGAAAGUUUUGGUGCCCUUGGUCACCCUACAUGUUUGAAUACCACCGGUCGAAUAUGUGUGUGUGUGUGUGUGUGUGUGUGUGUAUAAAUAUAUAUGCUAUUUCCCCAGCUAUGUUAUACACACUUGUGUAUGAGUGUCCCGUUCACUCAGCAAGUCAUAUUGCUCUCUCUCUCUGUCUGUCAGAACCCAAGCACCCCCCCACCUCCUCAUUUUCAUUCCUCCGUUUUGAUGAAUGGACAGGGGGCUUCGGCACGUGUUACUCUGAAUGGAGUCCCAGAGGGGAAUGCUGAAUAAAAGUUGGCUAAGCCUGGAGUGUGGCAGAGCCUGAUCUACAUAAUGGUGAGGGACCGUCAAGGACGGGGCAAGUGGUCGGGGGAGGGGGGUUUUGGAAGGGGGGGGUUAGACGGGGUGUAUGGUACUGAUGGAAGAACAGUCGAGGGUGGGUGGUGGGGAGGGGGGGGUGGUCGACAUCUGCCGCUCCUCUCCUCAGAGACCCCGGGGUGGAUCAUGUUGCAUUGACGCCUGGACCACAGCCAUCUGCGUCCUAACUGUCGCCCAGUGCGCAAAGGGGGCCUUUAAAAAGGGAGCCAGAUACGGGGGCCAGGAGUUCAGUGUGGCCAAGAGCCUCAAGGCGUUCACAGCGGCUCAUCCUCAACCCUGAAACUUUGGCUCAUCAGGACUUUCCCCAAAGAGCUCCCGGAUCUCCAGUCCGCCACCAUGCCAAAGGGUUUCCUCGUAAAACGCUCGAAAAGGACCGGGCCGGCUUCGUACCGGGUGCGGGAAGAGGAGAGCACACCGCAGGACCCUCAGCGCACAGCUCCGGCUCUUCCCUCAGACCCCCGCAGCUUUGUUCAGAGGACGCCGGCUAGGUGCUGUUUCGGCGGCCUCCCUGAGCUCUCCUUCCUCGCCCCCUCUCUGAGCCCCACGCGUCCAGACAGCGAGGGUUACAGCAGCCAGCACCCGGCGCAUCAGCACCCCGAGCUCUUCCCAGAGCCGCUUCUCGGCGGCUUCGCUAUCAACGGCUCUCCAGUGUCGCCUUCCCUGCCGGAAACGACCGCGGAACCAGCUUCCUUCAGUGAGCCACCGAAAAAACGAGCCGCCCCGAACAAUGAGCCGCCGUCCGCCUCGAAGAAGCCGCGCUCCUCCUCCAACCAGGAGAGGAGAGCGAACGUGCGGGACGCCGUCACUACAUCGCCCGUGCUGGGGCUUCGCAUCAAGGAGGUGGAGCCCGAGGAGGAACCCAAGCGGCUCUCCAGCUCCAGCCCCCUCGGCGAGUUCGUCUGCCAGCUGUGCAAGGAGAGAUACCCGGACCCCCUCAGCCUAGCCCACCACAAGUGUUCCCGCAUCGUCCGCGUCGAGUACCGCUGCGACGAGUGCGACAAGGCGUUCAGCUGCCCGGCCAACCUCGCCUCGCACCGCCGCUGGCACAAGCCCAAAGGCGCCGGGCUGAGCGAGGCGGAGAGCCGGCUGAGCCCGCGGCCGCAGCCCAGCCCUCCCUCCUCCGAGGACGACACUCCUUUUGGCUGCCCGCGGUGCUCCAAGAGGUUCCGCCGUCAAGCCUACCUGAGGAAACACCUCGCCCUCCACGACCGCAAGGAGGCGCGAGUCCACCAGGCCGCGCCCCACGCCCUCAGCGCCGAGGAGCCACGCCCACCAACCACGGAACUUUCUCCGGAGCUUUCCCCCGGCCUCGAUGCCGCGGAGGCGGCGAAGGUUCCGUCUGCUGCCAUGUUUCCGUGCCGCUUCUGCGGGGAAAACUUCUUCUCCUCGCCGGGGCUGACCAGACACAUCAACCAGCACCACCCCACAGAGAGCAGGCAGAUGAUUCUACUCUCUAACGCGGUCUGAGGCUCUUCAGCGGCGGCCUGAAUCAAGACGUUCCCCUCAGAAACGUUUUCUCAGGCAGGACAGGAAACCUCAAAAACAUUCCAAAAAUGUAUAGCGUAGUCAUGGUGUACAUUCCCUUUUUUCCAUAAAAUGAUAUUUAUUUAUUUAUACAUUGAUUUAUUUAUUGGUUUAUUUAUUAAUGAAUGUAUUUAUUUAACGUUGCCAUUUGCCAUCGUGUUUUGUUAGCAUGUUUCCCAUGAUGCACAUUGCCUUUGAAAUGACUGAAUCAUGUAACUUUGAAAAAAAAAGAACCUUUUAUACUUUUCUACACAAUAAACUUUA